CAAGGUGCCUUUAAACUAAGCUAUGUUUAUUAUCAAGUUAUUUUAAGGGUAGAUUCUAAUUUAUUUUAAUAAAAAUGGUAAAAAUGUGGCUUCCGGUACCCAAAAUCCAAAAAUGUAUACCUGUGUGUGUAAUUUACGAUGAAAUAACCUCAAAUGUUUACUGUGCUAAUGAUUUCUUGUGAUUCUGGCUUUUAAACAGAAUAUACAAGCUUAAAUAAAGUUAAAUAUUGUUAAUUUAAAAAUAUUGCAAUGGCUGGCCCAACCCAUCGCUUCCUCCCCAAUUUAGGCCAACAAAACUGCAAUCAAUUUGCUGGGGCAAUGCAGAAUCAAAUGAACAAUUCAAUGCAAAACCAAAUGCAGGGGCAAAUGGCUGGGCAAUUGUCCCAAAUGGGCAUGCAGAUGAAUUCUGGGAUGGGUAAUCAACUAAACAAUCAAAUGAAUCAUGCUAUGGGUGGGCAAUUAAACAAUGCACUUGCAAAUCAGAUGAAUAAUAUGAGCAGUGCAAGCAAUCAAAUCAUGGGACAAAUGAAUGCCCAGUAUAAUAUGGGCUCUACACAGAUGCCACAAGGAAAUAAUCAAAUGCAAAUGGUACAACAACAAUCAAUGGGCAUGCAACACCUGAAUCAAAUGCAACAACAAAGCCCACAGGUUUCCCAAGCUGUGCAACAACCCACAGUUGCACCAACACCAACCCCCACACCUCCAGCACAACAACAACCACAGCCAGCAAAGGAAUUCAACACUGCUUCACUAUGCAGAAUUGGCCAGGAAACAGUCCAGGAUAUUGUCAGUAGAACACAGGAAGUCUUCCAAACUCUGAAACAGAUACAACCACCCAAUGGUACACCACAGGGUGCAAGUCAGAGUAAUGAUAAGAAGGUGAAAGUCCAGGAACAAUUGAGAACUAUUAGGGUACUCUUUAAAAGACUCCGGCUCAUUUAUGAGAAGUGCAAUGAGAAUUGUCAGAUUCAGGGCAUGGAGUACACACAUAUUGAGAGUUUGAUACCACAUAAAGAUGAGAUUGAUCCAAAACAUGAUGAAAAGAAGAACACAGAGGCAUAUAGAUCCUCAUGUGAGGAAAUGAAAGAGAUUAUGGAGCAAGUUGUUGCUAAAAAUAAACAGUUAAAAGAUGUUGUUGAUAUUCUACGUCGUAUUAUCUGGGAAAUUAAUACGAUGUUAACUAUGCGCAGGUCAUGAUCUUAAUUUUUUUUAAAGAAUUCGCUAUUCGUCUAGGCUAAAAUAUUUGUAUGUAUGCUAAGAAUCAUGUAGACCUAUGUAAUCAGUAAUAUUUUUAACCUCUUCUUGUGGGCUAUCAAACGCUAGUCGUCCAAUCAUAUAUAUUAUCAAUUUACGCGCCUCAAAAUAAGUAAUUUUUCCUAUUGUACUUUAAAAAAUUAUGAAACAUUUGAUUAUGAACUUGUUUUUUUUUGAAAUAUACCGACUUUAUAUGACCACUGAGACAAA